CCUCCCGCUCCAGUCCGGCCGCAGAGGCCCCUGGGCGGAAAUCUGGUCCUGCCCACCCCGCCAGUUCCCGGCCUGUGUGCGUGGCUGCGGGCCCGGCUUCUGCAGCAGGAGAGGGCGGGGAUCGAGCGGGGCCUGCCCAGGCCCGGCACCGCAAUGGCCGCGGAGGUGAAGACCAAGCUGUCCAAGAACCUGCUGCGCAUGAAGUUCAUGCAGAGGGGAUUGGAUUCAGAAACCAAAAAACAACUAGACGAGGAGGAAAAGAAGAUAAUCAGUGAAGAGCACUGGUAUCUGGAUUUACCAGAACUCAAGGAAAAGGAGAGUUUUAUAAUAGAAGAGAGAAGCUUUAUGCCAUGUGAAGACCUACUUUAUGGCAGAAUGUCCUUUAAAGGGUUCAAUCCAGAAAUUGAGAAGUUAAUGAUCCAAAUGAACUCUAGGUACAAGAAAGAAGAAAUUGAAGCAGAUGAUACAGCCGAGGCUGACGUAUCAGAUGAAGAAAUGGCCAGAAGAUAUGAAACCUUAGUGGGAACUAUCAGGAAGAAAUUCUUGAAAAAGAGAGACCAGCGUGUGCUACAGGAUGAAGAUGAGAACAGUAACAUGAGACCUAGCAAAGCUAAGAAAAUGUUCUUAAAACCCCAGGAUUGAUGUGAACUGCACAACUGAAGCUAAUAUAAAUGUUAUCUACAGGGUGGAGUAACAUGAACUGGGCAGUGUUUAUUUUCCACCAAAUAAUGUGAGAUAUGUUUGUAAAUCUAAGUCUAUUCUGAUUGAAAUUUCUGCUGUCCUCAUGACAAACAUACUUUCAAAGUGGACGCGUAUUUAAUGGAUGUCAUACAUCCUUUCCCGUCUGAGCAAGUUGUACUGACCAUGGGGCUCUAAGCCCAUUAGCUGUGUAAAUGUUGUGCAUAAGUAAGAUGGCUAUCCCGUGUGUUUGAGAGCAACAAUCUUUACGUUUUAUGAUGGUAAUUGAACGCAAGUAUUUCAACUAAAGAUGAGCUAUGGCCAAUCUUAUAAAGCAAUUCUGCUUUCAGUGCUUUUUUUACUGUAUAAGUUGAAACCCCUUAUACUUUUUAAAUUGAAAGAAAUAGUCUGCAGAAACUUACAUGUUUCUGUAAGCAAUCUAAAAAUAAGUUGAAAAAGGAACAGAGAGAUUAAAUCCAUUUAGUUGAAUUUUAUUUUUUUUAUAAAAUCUAUUUAAAGAGAGGUUUUUGUAAUAGAAGCAUUUUUUUUCUAGAAUAAGCUAAAUAUUUAUACUGGGUGAUGUUUUCACUUUGACACUUAUAAAUCAUGAUCUGCUCAAUCUCUCACGUCCAAAAAAAAUGUUUGAUGUUCCUUUGGUUGUGGUUUUCUUUUCUGGCAAAAAUUUUCCAAUCUUAUAAACAAGCUCUGUGAUGGCAGGAUAAUGACCGCUUCAGAAACACAUCUUAAAGCUGAAUAAAAACUUUUAAAAGA